GCUUGAAUGACUUCCUGUUUACUUUGUGCCGCUGCUCUGAAAGAUGGAGUACUGUUCACUCUGUUUCACAUUCGCUUCUACAAACUGCCGCCGUGUGUAGACCAACACACCGUCGACAGCCGAACUCAGAAGAGCUCACGAUGCUGUUUUCCCAGCUGCCAGAGGACGUCCUCUAUCAUGUCGUGUCUUUUUUGGACCACAGAUCUCUCUGUCGGCUUUCUCAAGUUUGUAAAAGCAUGCACCGCUUUGUAAACCGAGAUGCGGUUUGGAGGAAGAUUGCCAAAGAGUUUUUAAACACCGGAAUUACUCGGGAUGGGACAGACAUAUAUCCUCACAUCCCACUGAAGGACAGAGUGAAGACAGCUCAAAACUGGUUCAAUGGGGUCUGCAAAAGGGCGAGUCCUCUCAAAUGGAAAACCAAACUCUUGCCAUGGUUGCAGCUGGACGGGGAUACACUGUUUCUGUCUCAGGCUGCUAAUAUUGGAGCAUACCAUCUGCAUCAAGGCACCAGGAGGCUCCUGCGUAACCCAUUUCAAAUCUACUCUGGCCAUCAGGGUGAUGUCUGUCGCUUUGCUGUCACAGACUCUAACCUGAUCAGUGGUGGAAGCGAUGGCAAGAUCCUGGUCCACAACAGAAGAAACCAUGUGUCCCUGGAGUUAUCAGGUCAUAACCAGGAGGUCAACUGCAUAGACUCUAAAGAUGGACUCAUUAUCAGUGGAUCCAGAGACCGAACAGUUCGGAUUUGGACUUUGACUUCCAGCUCUCCCAGAGAUACAAUUCCCAUGUAUGACAGAGUGUGGUCUGUUGCUAUUAGUCCCACAUUGAGUUCCUUUGCAACAGGCACAGCAUGCUGUGAGAACUUCUCCCCUCUUCUCAUCUGGAAUGUGGAACGGUCAGCGUGUGUGUGCAGUCUGGGCUCAGAGUUUCGUCGUGGUGCUGGUGUUUUGGAUAUAAUAUUUGAGUCUCCAUUUCAGCUCUUCACCUGUGGCUAUGACACUUUCAUUCGAUUGUGGGACCUCCGACUCAGUCCACGAUCCGUCACCAUCAUACCAGUGCCCAAAAAAAUCCACCAUCACCUGCCUCAACAACUACCGCCCUGUGGCACUUACACCCAUCAUGAUGAAGUGCUUUGAGAGGCUGGUAAAGGACCACAUCAUCACCACACCGCCCCCUGGACUCGACCCGUAUCAGUUUGCUUACCAGCCAAACCGCUGCACAGAAGAUGCCAUCUCCUCUGCUCUCCAUCUGAGCCUGGCACAUCUGGAGGACAAAAACACCUAUGUGCGAAUGCUGCUGGCUGACUUCAGUUCAGCAUUUAACACAAUCAUCCCCUAGCAGCUGGUAAGCAAACUGAGUCCACUGGGUAUCAACACCCCAGUGUGCAAUUGGCUGCUAGACUUCCUCAAUAACAGGCCACAGUCAGUGAGAGUGGGAAACACCAUCUCCAGCUCCAUCUCUGUCUCCAUCGGAUCCCCACAGGAAUGUGUGCUGAGCCCACUACUGUUCACGCUGCUGACGCAUGACUGCUGCUCUGCAUCCGGCUCGAACCACAUCAUUAAGUACACAGACACAACAGUAAUGGGUCUCAUUCGUGCACCAACUAGUGUAUGUUCUGGUUGACAAUAAAGUGGCUAUUCUAUUCUAUUCUUCCAUUCUGUUCAGAUGAUACACAUGCCAACAUUUGGAUAACGAGCACUUCUACAUGAAGCACUGUUAAAGAAGAAAAAUAGAAGAAACAUCCGGAGUAAAAACAGAGAGGAGAUGUGUUGACACAAACAAGAACAACAUGCACACAUGACACUGAGGAAGACAGAACAUUUACUGUUUUAAUAAUCAUGGUCUGUAAGAUAUACAAUUUACAAAGUAUAGUCUGACCAGAGGUGAAAAAUACUUAAUAAAUAAUUGGUUCUGAUGAAAAGAUAAGAAAAACUGUUAAACUGCAGACUCUGAAGUGGCUCUUCACUGUGUAUGACAAGACUCGUUAAGGGAACAGCCAUCUGAAGCCCAGCUGAUUUUGUUUUAUUAUUUUCACAUAUCUCUUUAGAAUAUUCUCAGGUUCACUCCCACAUGCAAAACAAAUGUGCAUUUUGUUUUACCUCAACACCUGUGUAAAGUCUCCCAUACUUCCCAGCAGGUCAUGUGUGAUGGAGUGGGAGGAGCCUCAUGACAGCACUUUGUACUGCAUCCAGACAGAUGGAAAUCACAUGAUAGCCAGCGGUUCUUCAUAUUAUGGUGUUGUACGUAUUUGGGAUAAACGGCAGACUAAAUGC